CAGUUAUGCUGCUCCGUCUAGAGUUGUCUGCGCUUCUGCUGCUCUUGAUUGCAGCUCCAGUCCGCCUCCAGGACGAAUGUGUGGGGAAUUCGUGUUAUCCUAACCUCGGUGACCUCAUGGUGGGCCGUGCUGCUCAGCUCGCAGCUUCUUCAACCUGCGGUCUCUACAGACCGCAAAAUUACUGCAUCCUGGGAUAUUUGGAGAAUGAGCGCAAAUGCUUCACCUGUGACUCCAGGAGCCCCUACAAUGACCACCACAAUCCCAGCAGCCACCGCAUAGAGAACAUCAUCACCACCUUUCAGCCCGAACGCAAGAUGAAGUGGUGGCAGUCCGAGAACGGUGUGCAUGAAGUGAGCAUUCAGCUGGAUCUGGAAGCAAUGUUUCAGUUUAGUCAUCUAAUUCUGACUUUCAAGAGUUUCCGGCCUGCUUCCAUGUUGGUCGAGAGGUCAAAGGACUUUGGGAGAACCUGGAAGGUUUUUCGUUAUUUCGCAGAGGACUGCGCCAACUCAUUCCCUGGCAUCUCUGAAGGACCAGCUCACAGUAUUGAUGAUCUAGUCUGUGACAGUCGCUACUCUGGUGCAGAACCGUCCACUGAAGGAGAGGUGGUGUUAAAAGCAUUAGAUCCCAGUUUUGACAUCCAUGAUCCAUACGACUCUACUAUUCAAGGGCUCAUCACCCUGACGAACCUGCGUGUAAACUUCACACGUUUGCUCACCCUGGGCGACACGUUGCUCACUCGACGGAAGAGGAACCCACAGGAUAAGUACUAUUACGCCCUCUAUGAGAUGGUGGUUCGGGGGAGCUGCUUCUGCAAUGGCCACGCCAGUCAGUGCAUUCCUGUGGACGGCGCACGUGGAGAUACGUUUACUGAGCCUGGCAUGGUGCAUGGCAGAUGUGUGUGUCAACACAACACUGCCGGGUACAACUGUGAGCGCUGUCAAGACUUUUACCAUGACGCCCCCUGGAGGCCAGGUGGAAAAGCAGACUCAGAUGUUUGCAAACGUUGUAACUGUCAUGGCCAUUCAGAGAAGUGUCACUUUGAGUUAGCGCGCUAUCUGGCCACUGGUGGGGUUAGCGGUGGUGUGUGUGAUGACUGCAGGAACAACCGCAUUGGACCUCAGUGUGAGCUCUGUGGGCCGUUUUACUACCAGGACCCUCAACGCUCUGUGGACGACCCUUAUGCCUGUAUACCUUGUGACUGUGAUCUUGAUGGGUCGGUGGACCGUGGUCUGUGUGAUCCAGUGAAUGGCCAGUGUGUGUGCAAACAAAACGUCGAAGGAGAGCGAUGUGACCGCUGCAAGGUUGGGUUUUACGGAUUCAGCCGGGACGAUCCUAGCGGCUGCCAGUUGUGCAGGUGUAAUUUCCUGGGAACCAUACAAGUGGGCAACCCUUGCGAUCCGACAACAGGAAGGUGUAUCUGUGAGCACUUCGCUUACGGCUCACAGUGUGACCAGUGUCUGCCAGGUUACUGGGGUCUGGGAAACACAGUCUAUGGCUGCAUACCCUGCGACUGUGACAUUGGAGGGGCACUGAAAACAGAAUGUUCCUCGGUGGAUGGCCAGUGUAAAUGCAGGCCUAACAUGGUCGGCCAAAAAUGUAAUGAUCCGGCUCCUGGAUAUUUCCUGGCUCCUCUUGAUUUCUACAUCUAUGAGGCUGAGAACGCAGCACCUCUGGCGGUAAUCUCUCCUUUUAUAGGUCCCCCUCCAUUUGUAUACCCCACUGAAGGGAUACCUGAACGACCAACCAAGCUUCCUCUCUGCCCCCCUGCUCCGAAACCCAGCUCAGUACCUUAUAGAGAACAUAUAACAGUGCAGCCAUCUCCAGCCCCACACAACCCCCAAGUCACGCUGCCCAUGUGUGAGCACUACUUCAGACAGAGGGGUUAUGACUUUAAGAUCAGUAACGGAAGGCUUGUGGUGGUCAAGCGUGAGAAAAGGCAAACUCGAAGACGAAGACAAGGCCAGAGGACAAUCCCCUUUGAACCAGGCUCACCUCUUCAGAUCCUCCUGCGCCAACGUGCCAAUGAUCAGUCCAUCACGUGGACUGGAUUGGGUUUUGUGCGAGUUCAGGAUGGAGCUGGACUUAGAUUUACCGUCAGCAACAUCCCAGCAACACUUGACUAUUAUGUAGUUGUCCGCUAUGAACCAGAGUCCACCGAUGAUUGGACAGCUAUUGUGAGCAUUUUAUCUUUUGGAUCAGAGGAUGAACGGUGUCCGAAUGACCAAUCAAACAAAAUGUUUACUCUUCCUGCCUCUGGAAGAACAGCCACUUUGGAUCUUCCAGUGUGCCUCAGUGAUGGUAAUCAAUACCAUGUGGACAUCACGUUUAGAAAGCAGCCCAGUGAAGACCCUCACAGCAGCUCAUUCAUCCUGAUUGACUCUCUAGGACUCAUUCCCAAAGUGGAGUCCGUCCCAAACUUCUGCUCACAGUCAUAUCUAUCUCAGUUUCAACAAUACCGGUGUAUUGAGCUGGCUGUACAGGCAGGAGGUCAGACACUUCCUGAAGUUUGUGAGAUGCUUAUUGGAUCCAUGUCAGCUUUUAUUCACAAUGGAGCAGUGUCUUGCAACUGUCAUCACGUCGGAGCAUAUGGCUCAUCUUGCAGUAAAUUUGGUGGACAAUGUCAGUGCAAACCCAAUGUUAUCGGCCGCUGCUGUGAUUCUUGUGCUCCCCUGACAUAUGGGCUUGGACCCAAUGGCUGCUCACCAUGUGACUGUGAUCGUUCUGGCUCUACCACGGAGCUGUGUGACCAGACAACUGGUCAGUGCUCGUGUCGAGAUGGAAUAACUGGCCUUCAGUGCAAUAGAUGUUACCCUGGCUACUAUGGGUUUCCCCUGUGCAGACGUUGCCAGUGCAACAGGUUGGCUGACAUUUGUGACCCCAUCACUGGAGACUGUCUGGACUGCAGGGAACACUCCGCGGGACGAAACUGCGAAAGGUGUGAAGAGGGAUAUGUUGGUGACCCUGUCUCUGGACAGCCAUGUGAGCCAUGCUUAUGUCCAGAUCUGAAUGGAAGUGGACGCUUCUUUGCCUUUUCCUGCAAUAAGGAUCCCCGCUCUGGAGCACCUUACUGUGAAUGUCUGCCUGGACAUACAGGCCCACAAUGUGACUCCUGCUCUCCUGGUUUCUAUGGUGACCUGAGGUUGCCAGGUGGUCGAUGCAAGGAGUGUUGUUGCAACAAUAACAUCGAUCCUCGUGAUGGGGAUGCAUGUGAUCCUGUAACGGGCGAGUGUUUGCGCUGCUUACACAACACUGAGGGCCCGCGCUGUCAGAGCUGCAAACGGGGAUACUACGGCAAUGCUCUCGCUCAAGACUGCAAAGAAUGUUCUUGUGACCGGAGGGGAACAGAUGACUCAAAGUGUCCAGCUGGAAGCCCCUGUUUCUGUGAUCAGGACACUGGCCAGUGCCCGUGUCGCCCAGGUGUCCAGGGAGCCCUGUGUAAUGAGUGUGAUGAUGGCUAUUGGAACAUGGAUGGAGACUAUGGGUGUCAGCCCUGCAACUGUAACCGAGAACAUGCUCUUAACUACAUCUGUGACAAGAUCACAGGCCAGUGUUUAUGCCAGCCAGAAUAUGGAGGCAGAAUAUGUGACGAGUGUGGUCCGAAUCACUUUGGAAACCCUGAUUUACAGUGCAUGUUUUGUGACUGUAACCUGGAGGGCACCGUUCAUCCAGCUUGUGACGCUUACACGGGUGAGUGUUUGUGUAAGCCAGGAGUGACAGGCCCUUUCUGUGAUGAGUGUGCCCCGGGUCACAACAACAACUUUCCUGCCUGCGAACCCUGCCAUGCUUGCAACUACCUCUGGGAGAAAAUCAUCUCAGAUCUUAGUUUAGAUGCGGAGAGGAUAGAAACCAUGAUGCCUUGCCCUGAAGAUUUUCGGUCUAGACCUGAAUUACAACACCUACAGAAUUUGCUGGAGAAACUGCAGAAUGUUCUUAACAUGGGCGCUCAGGACGAGCUUAAAAAACUGGAGGAGCUCUUGGCGCGGAUUAGGAAUGAAACCGAGAUCAUUGACCCAAACAUAAUCAUUAUUGAUCCAACUCUGCUGCUCAACACUGAUAUCGACAACAUCCGCCUUGAGUUCAACAAGCUGCUGAAGAAUCUCAGAGAGAAGGCAAAAAAGGGUCCGGUGACAGACAUCAAAGCUGUUAAUGAUAUUUUCAAUAAGAUCAAAAAGUUCUACGACGAGUUCACUGACAGCGAGAAGAAAGUAGAAGCAGCUAAAAAAGUCCAGGAAGCCUCCAGGAAGACGAGAGAGAAAGUCACACUGGAGCUCGCCAAGUGUCAAAUAGGAGAGAUGGAUAAGCUGGAGAGGAAAGUGAAAGCUCUGAGCGCUGCCAACAUUAAUGAGGAGGUCUGUGGGGCUCCAGGCGAUGCAGAAUGUGAGAAAGCGAAAUGUGGUGGAGCUUUGUGUGGGAAGUGUGGAGGACCGGACUGUACGGGGAGUUUACCCAUAAGCCUCAACGCCUCAAAACUGGCAGAGAUGACGGAGAAGAACAUCACUGCUUUGCGCAGUCAACUCAAAGAAGCUGAUGCUCAGCUCAGAAAUGCCUCAGAAAUGACUAGUUAUGUCAAGGAUCAAGCAGAAAACAUGAUGGAUAAAAUUAAUCGCACAAAAACUAAAUACGAGCAGGAAAAGACUGACACCAAGGCACUCAUCGAGAAGGUCAAGAUCUACCUGCAAGAUGAGCUAGUGAAGCCAGAGGACAUUGAGAAACUGGCAAACGCUGUGUUAUCCAUUCAGCUGCCUAAGUCCCCUGAUGAGAUCAAGGACAUGAUUGAGGACAUCAAAAAAAUCCUGGCAAACAUCACAGAAUUUAACGACGAUCUCGAGUACCUGGAGAAACAAGCCAAAAUCGCUGGGAACAUGAAGGAAAGAGCCAAAGAAAUCUUGAACAGAACCGAAUUAAUCAAUGUGAAGGAGAUAGAGAAAGCUCUGAAUGAUACAGCAGAGCUCCAUGACAAGAUAUUCAAUGAUCUGGACGAGGCUGAACAAAACAAUGACGUCAUCAGAGAGAAAGUUAAUGAGACUGAACCUAAACUAAAAAAUAUUGAGGAUCAUUUGAAUUUGACUCGUGCCAAGACAUUACUGGAUGAAAUCGAGGCCUUGAAAAACAAGACAGAGAUGAACAGGGCUCAGGGGAAGGAGGCCAAAGAUACUGCCGAUGCGGCGCUCAACAGUGCCAAUGACACUGGCAAGGAUCUUGAGGAGUUGAAAGAGCAGUUUGAAAGAUUAAAACUGAAUAGCACAAACCAGAAUGUCUCCAGCGAGGCUAAUGAACGUCUGAAGAACAUCACAAUGGAGGCGGAAAAUCUGGCUAAAUAUGUGGAGGAUAAAAUGAAGGAAAUUGAAGACUUGGAAGAAAAGAUUCUGCUCUCAAAUGAAAGAAAAGAUGAAAUGAUGAAAGAGUUGGAGGCGCUCCAGAAGGAGGCAGACGAUCUGAAAAAAUUUAUAGUUGAUAAAGUGCAGAGAUACAAUCUGUGCUCCCCUUAAUCCCACAAGGGCUUCCCUUCGUUAAAAUCAGAGGAAAGAUAUUUAGUGUUUGGAGGAUCACUAUUUUUUUGGAAAUGGGAGGAUCUCAACAGCAACACAGGGGAAAACUGCCUUGGAUUAAAAUUAUGUAAAAGGUGCAGUUCUUUUAUCUCGAUCCUGUAUGGGUUUGUUAUGUUUUUGUUUACAAUCUAGUUAGAUUGGUUCUCAUCAAGCACCAGAAAUGCCUUAUUGUCUGUCUAGUUUAUUUUAGCAAAUUAUGGAACUUUCCAUCACAUGUAAAUCUCAGGAUGUAUAAGCCUGGUUGGCCACAAGGGGUCGCAAGAGUAAAAUUAAAAACAACCCAUGCAACAUUGCAGAUUCACAGGCGCAGUAAACAAAAGCACACAAAUUGUAAGCUUGUUAAACUGAAAAAGAUGAUUAAAGAUUGUUUAACUACCGUGUUC